AACUGACAUUUCUGAAACUACCAAUGGGCGUGAACAGUAUCUGUUGUGUUUUGUUUUAAUUAUUUUCGAUUUUUUGUUAAAUUCUAUGUGACUAAAAUGGUUCGCAAUAUUCUACAACUAUGUGCCUUAAGUGUUAUAAUAUUAAUUGCGAGCCUUCAACGAACUGCUAACGCUCAAUACUAUGAAGUACAGAGAACACAAUUAGACCGCCUUGUCUGGUGUAACACCAUAUUAGCCGAACAGUACAAAUGUCAGAAUUUUACGGCAGCAUUAGAAAGAGAUCGGGCACUGUUCGAUGACCUGUACUUUAAUGUGUCUUGUCAUUACGGAUUUAAUACCGAAGAAUGCAUUCAGCUGAUUGAUUCGGAAAAGGCUCAUAUGAUGUCCCUGGAUGCUGGUGAAGUAUUUAUUGCCGGCCGUUAUAACUCGUUGAUUCCAAUUAUGCAAGAAGCAUUUGACGGCGGCUUUACCAAUUACUAUGCGGUGGCCGUGGUGAAACAGGGAACGAUUCCAGAGGUGACGUCGAUACGUGAUCUGCGAGGAAAGAAAGCCUGUUUCUCGGAAGUGGGAAGUCAGGCUGGUUGGACAAUUCCGAUUUACACGCUACAAAAAGAGGCUGGUAUGGAAAUCGUUGAUUGCAACAAUCACGUCAAAUCGGCUAUCAACUUCUUUGGCAAAUCAUGUGCUGUAAAUUCCCUGACAAACAAAUACAAUCCAAUCGGUGACAAUUCCGAUCGAUUGUGCGCACUCUGUACGGGAAAAGUACCGGGAGGAAAAUGUACACCAGACGAUCCAUAUGCUGGCUUCGAAGGGGCUUUCCGUUGUCUGCUCGAAGCGGGUGAUGUGGCAUUUUUGAAGCAUACUACUGUGAAUGAAAUGGUCGACAGCAAACAAUUCAAGUCUGUGACAGCUGAUCGCUUCGAACUACUUUGUAUCGAUGGACAACGUCGUCCGCUUUCAGAAUAUCGACAAUGCAACUGGGGCCUAGUUCCAUCGCAUGCUUUGGUCACUUCGUCGGCUCGUACUGCUGACGAACGAAAACGGUACCAACAGUUUUUGAUCAAAGCCGUUAACCUUUACUCGUCCAAAUCGAUUUCAAACGCAACAAAUGCCUUGAAUGAAAAACGCUACGACGGAUUCAACACAUUCGAUCGAAACAGUGACGACAAAUACUACGAUCGAACUCAGUUCAGAGAUUUCGCCAAUCCAUCGUUUGAUCGCGAUCGAAUUGAUCAUUUAAACAGCAAUCGAUACAACGGCCUCGCUAACGUGGACAGUGCAUUCGGACCGGAAAGAAAUUUCACCGAUGGAAAUGACACUCAACUGUAUGAGAAAUUCGAAUUGUUCGAGUCGAAACGGUACGGCGGACGUUUGAAUCUUAUGUUCCAAGAUGCUGCCAGAAAUUUAGUUCCAAUCAAGGAGGAAGAUCAAAGUUUUGGUGGAUAUUUGGGACAAUCAUUGGGUCAGAUUUUGGAGGUUCGCCAAUGUCCAGUGGGAAGAAUGACUUUGUGCGUUACAUCGGAUCCGGAAUUGGAAAAAUGUGUUAAGAUGCGGACCGCUUUGAAAGCUCAACUCAUCAAGCCAGAAAUGAACUGCUACAAAGCACACUCUCACAUAAAUUGUAUGCAAGCCAUCCAGUCUGGAGUGGCCGAUGUAACUGUACUCGAUGCCAGUGAUGUGUACACUGCCGGACUUCGACACGAUUUGAUUCCGUUCAUAUCGGAAAUUUACAAUUUGGGUGAGCCGGAAUAUUACGUGGUGGCUUUGGCGAAAGAAGAAGAUCCGGAUACAGAGCUGACGUACCUGAAAGGAAAAUACACCUGCCAUUCGGGCAUAAAUACAGCAGCUGGAUGGGUUUAUCCAUUGGCCUAUCUCAUCUCAAACGGUUGGAUUCGUCCGUACGGGUGUGAUAGUAUUCGUGCGGCAGCUGAAUAUUUUACAAAAUCCUGCGUUCCGGGUGCAAUUAGCACAGAAUAUAAUACUGGUGUGCCUUACGAUAAUAUGUGUGAUUUGUGUCAUGGUGCUAGUUACAGAUAUUGUCGCCGUGAUGCUUCCGAAGACUACUAUGGUCAUACUGGUGCAUUCCGCUGUCUGGUUGAAGGUGGCGGUCAUGUGGCAUUCGUUAAGCAUACCACCGUCAGCGAAAAUACAGGAGGAAAACGACGUGAAUGGUGGGCACGGAACACAUUGAACGAUGACUUUGAAUUGUUAUGUCCCGACGGCACUCGAGCCGACCUUAAAGACUUCAAGACAUGCAACUUGGGAAAAGUGAAGGCUAAUGCCAUUGUAACACGAGGAGGGCUGGGAUAUAAUGGAACGCAGAUUAAUGCUUACAUUAACCUGUUCACUUAUGCCCAGCAGUAUUACGGACGCAAAGAACUGGACUCUUUUGGGUUCAGCAUGUUCUACUCACUUCCGCCAUAUCAUGAUCUGAUCUUCCAAGAUGCAACUCGACAGCUGCAAAUGAUUCCGCCAGAGAAGCGACGAUAUGACUUGUACUUGGGAGGCGAUUUUAUGCGAGCUCGUCGCAUUACUGACUGUGAAUCAGGAGCUGAACGUUUGAAAUUUAGUUUAGUUGUCGUUAUGAUUGUAGCAUCUGCGAUGUAUGUGUUCGUUUGAUUGAGAUUUGAAUGCCUGAAGCUUUACCUUAAUAAGAUAAAGUUAUUGCACAAAUUAGAUUUUUUUUGUAAGCAAAUAAGUUUUUUGUCAACUCAUGCCGUGAAUCUCGACAAGAAAAUGAUGAUAAAAAUUUUGUGGAUCAUUGUAUCCCAUCGAAAUGUAAGCCGUCCAUUUUUAGUUUUACAUUUUUUUUUAUUAUAAAGCAAUUUUCCGUCCAAUUCCAUUUUGUAUAUAGAUUUUAUGUACUUUCACAAUGAAAAUAAAACAAACGAGAAAAAAAAAACAUUCCAAAA